AUGCUCUGCUCUUGUCGCCUGAGCCCCCUGCGGCUUUUCGUCCAGGGUAUUUCGCAAUUGCACAUCUCUGAACCCGUCGUCGCACCGAGAGUCUCCCAAUACGUCAAGAACAACCGUACCUUACAGAUCAGCCAAGCCUCCACAUUUGCGACAUCGGCCGUUCACAACAAAAAGCGUGACUUCAUACCAUUUGAAAAAGGAGGAAAGCAGGCUACAUCAAGAGGACCACUGGAAGAACAACCCGACGAAGAGCCGGCGAAACCGAAGCGAGAAAACUGGCAGCUCCAAAAAGAGGCCCUAAAGAAGAAGUUCCCCGACGGCUGGAAUCCGCGCAAGCGCUUGUCCCCGGAUGCAAUUGCUGGCAUCAAGGCGCUGCACGCCCAGUUCCCCGAGGAGUACGAUCUGAAGACGCUCGCCGACAAGUUUCAAAUGUCGCCUGAGGCGAUCCGCCGUAUUCUGAGGAGCAAGUGGCAGGCGACGCCCGAGGAAGAAGAGGACAGGCAGGAGAGGUGGUUCCGGCGCGGCGUUAAUGUGUGGUCGCGGUACGCGGAGCUGGGCCUGAAGCCGCCCAGCAAAUGGCGACGCGAGGGCGUUACCCGAGACCCGUCGUACCAUCAGAACCGCAAGGAGGCGAUACAGAGGAGGAAAGAGGAGGAAGCCAAGGAGAAUGUUGGGGAGAGGCUGCAGCGGAAGCUAUCUGAUACCAUCAUCCGCAAACAAGUCAUGAGACUUCUAUCCACUGAGACGAAAAAGUUCGAAGUCUUCGAUCUUGAAAAUGCUCCACCUUACGCCGUGCUAUCUCACCUUUGGGAGCAUGACGAGGUUUUGUUCCAAGACUUGAGGGACGGCCAAAUGCUACGUCCAAGAGCUGGCCUUCGAAAGAUAGACGCCGCUUGUCUUGUUGCCCAAGAGCGAAUGCUGAGGUAUAUCUGGAUUGAUACUUCUUGCGUGGACAUCGAAAGCGAAUCCGAACGAAGUGAAGCAGUCGAGUCCAGCUUCCGCAUCUUCAAAUCAGCGGCGUUAUGCAUCGCCUAUCUGUCUGACGUUGAAUCAGAGCGCCCUUUGCCGGCUGGCCAUGUUUAUUUGACCGACAGGAAUCUUGACGAUAAUCUAGAGGGCAGAUUUCGACAUACGUUCAAACGCAGUAGAUGGUUUACGCGGUCCUGGGCCCUGCCGGAACUUAUUGCCCCAUCCGAGCUUGUAUUCUACUCCCGUGGGUGGGAACUUAUCGGCACACGAUCGGAGCUCCGGAAUCACCUAUUUGAUAUUACUGGUGUUGAUACCUUCAUUCUCCAAGGUGGUGAUCUCGCAAAGGUAUCCGUGGCCCGGAAGAUGUUCUGGGCCACGAGUCGCAACGCGUAUCGACUUGAGGACAUUUCAUACUCGUUGGCUGGUUUAUUUGGCGUCGAUAUGAUGCCAAUUUACGGGGAGGGCAACCUAAGUGCAUUCUUACGUCUGCAGGAACACAUUGCGAAGACUGUCCCAGAUCCAACCCUUUUCGCCUGGAGAAAAGAUUGGCUCCAGAAGUUCACGACGUGGGAUAAGUGCAAAGAUCUUGUCAACUCAAGUCACCUCCGCGACUUUUUGGCAAGCAGUCCAGGCGCCUUUAGUCACUGUGGAAGCAUGUUUCCCGCUAAGGUGACCUUCGACGACUUCAAGCUAAAUCAGAGGGACUUCGGCAAUGAUGACGAUACUGCGUGGGAAACUAGUUCUGUGGCAUCCUUCCAAUCGUCAGCAACCACUUUGAUUGAAGGUUCGACUUCGACACCGGUCACAUCGGGUUUGGGCAACGCGAUAUCAUUCUUGUCCGAAAAUGAUACCUUGUAUCCGCUCUUCAGAUUGGCCAUGCAAACACCUCGGGUAGGACCUGACAGGCUGCGAAGGAAUCUGACCCGGAUUCUGCGGUCCCUCGGCCUGGAACUGGCGAUAGAAGCGAUAACCAAGGAAGAAGCUCUGUCCGCAGUAUUUUUCCGUGUCUACCGGCUGGCAAUCGCAUCAGGGGUCACAUCGAGAAUUGCCGAAAAGAGCCUCGAGCCCAUUGCCCUCGACCAGCCGAGAACCAGAGCGCCAGAGGAUGCUCCAGGUACUCUUUCUGAGGACCCUCAUCGAGAUGAAUUCGCGCAGCUCGAGCAGGAAGACGACGACCUUGGCCAGGAAGAAGGCGAUGAUGCUCCCGAGGAGAAGGAGGGACAAGCGAACGAGUUGGACUUUGAGUCCAUCAGAGCCUUUGUUCUCUCCAGCGGGGCUUUUGAAAACAUGACGAGGAGACUGUCCGAUUUUGUCAAACCGACCUUCCGCACCCAGGCCCAGAAGCUUGUUGCCAAGGUCCUCGAAGGCAAAGAUACAUUAGAGGACCAGUAUUGGAUUGGCAUGAAGGAUAAGAUGCAAGUCGUCCUGACGGAGCUGGAAGAGUCAAGUCCUGAAAACUUAUUGCUGGACAUUGAAAGCACACCGAAGAGGCUCGAAGUAUUCCAAACCUGGGCGGAAACUAUGACCAAGGAGGAAUGGGAUUGGUGGCCUCUGCCACCUCCCAAGCAUGCUUUGAGCUCCACUGAGGCGCGAGUUGGAUGGCGCUGUAGGUGCGGUAUAUCAAGAUGGGAGACCGUCCCAGCCUCAUUUGCAGGUAACAUUGCAAUGUUGCUGCAGAAGUAUCCUCUCGCAAGCCGGAACCAUACAGGCUCAGCAAGCAACCCGGCAUCAGACCCUCCGCCGACGUCUUGGAAAACCGAUGAGACCUCAUCGCUGGGGACAAGAUCCAUCAAGACCUCCAGCAUCAGCGAAUUAUCAAAGCUACCUGACCCAGUGUCCUCGCCUAUUCAGGAUAAUCAGACUGGUCAGAAGCGCGAAUAUCCCCGGCCGAGGUACAUCUUUUUGCUCGCGACUACGGGUCGGCAUCGGCUCAGGCAACUACCCUCGCUCUACUUAGACACCGCGGAUUUUGGACAAGAAUUGCGAAAAGCGUAUCGCGAGCUCAAAGGCUUCUGGAGGUGGUGGUUUUCGCCUUACAACUUCUCCCAUUGCGAGUUUGUGCGUUUCGAAAAGUUCUGCCGCAACGGCUUCGCCCACCGCGGCCUCGAAGUUCCAAACACAUCCCAAAAGGACUACUACUACAACCCGCGUCCCGCCCUUCGCGAACCCCCGGUCUCUCCCGAAGAAUUCAGCCACGUCUUCCACUACGCAGCCAAGAGCGAGGCCGUCAUCUGGGCAUCGCUCGGCCUACCGUUUUACGAUACCGUCGAGGCGCUGAGCGACGAUACCGUCGGCUGCAUACCGCAGCGGUACCACUACCUCGACGAGCGGAGUAAUCGCAAAGAGGACUUUUGGGAAUGCGACGACGCCGCUUGCGUUGGCGUUGACGGCUCUUGGGUUGUUUCUGGGGUCUAUGAUUAA